CAGGUGUAGAAGUAUGGUGAUUAAAUUCACCUCCAACGUUGUAGAUCCUCCAGUACUUCUCUAUAUGGGUGUGGAUAAGUACGAAAAUGAGGAACUUAUCAAGUAUGGAUGGCCCGAAGACGUAUGGUUUCAUGUUGAUAAAGUAUCUUCCGCUCAUGUGUAUUUGCGGCUUCCUGAAGGCAUGACUAUCGAUACUAUUCCACAGGAACUGAUAGAUGACUGCUGCCAAUUGGUCAAGGCAAACUCUAUUGAGGGUAAUAAAAUGCAUGACGUUGGCGUUGUUUAUACUAUGUGGGAAAAUUUGAAGAAAACCGGUGAUAUGGCUGUAGGACAGAUCGGAUUUCAUGAUAAUAGAAAAGUGAAACGAGUUGUGGUGGCUAAGAGGAUCAACGAAAUUGUGAAUCGGCUGAACAAAACAGAAAGGAAAGCGGAUAUUGAUUAUAGAGGCGAGCGAGAGCAGCGUGAUGCUGCGGAACGACGACGAUUACGAAAAAUAGAACAGGAGAAGAAAGCACGCGAGAUGAAAGAAGCUGAAGAACGAGAAGCUGCUUUGCGGCAGCGCCAUUACGAAGAUGUUGAUUGGAAUUCUGCGCCGCAGAAAGAGACUACUGACGGGAACUUAUCAGAUGAUUUUAUGUGAAUUAUAGCGUGAUGACUUUUUCUAAGAGAACGUCCCCACCCCUUGAAAUUAUGUGAUUUUUGGGUAUCUGCUUGUUUUGUUUUCCGGUGAUGUGUGUUUGAGCAU